GAGUCAGUGAGAUGUGCUAAGGCGAUGUGCUGUGCACCCCUCCUUGCAUUGCAUUGCAUGCGUCUAAGGGUGGUGUCCUAGUUUAUUAAAAGACACAAAAAGAAGGAGAAAGAACAGCAAUUACAGCUUGCGCAUGAUACCAAAUUGGUUUUGACCAAUUGACCGUUUCAAGGCUGAGUUGAGGUGAUAUCAGCGUCAAAGAUGGAUGACAUAGAUGCUAUGUUUAGCGAUCUGCUGGGGGAGAUGGAUCUCCUCACACAAAGUCUAGGUGUUGAAACACUACCUCCGGAGCCUCCCCCCAGCACCGCCUCCAAAGAGAUGAACUUCUCCACCGGCUUUGACUUUAAUGCGUCUAUUCAUGAGCUGGAGGACAAUGACCUGGACGCUCUGAUGGCCGACCUGGUAGCCGACAUCAACGCCACGGAGGAGAAGCUGAUCGCAGAGUCCAAGGAGCAGCGCGCUGGCCCCUCCGCCUCCUCCUCCACCUCUUCCCUCUCCUCCGCCUCCUCCGCCUCAUCCUUCUCUGGAUCCACAGCGCCCACCCCGACCUCCAACAGCUUCGCCUUUCCGUCUCCCACUUCGGCUCCUGCCUUCACACCUACGCCCACCUCUGGUCCAGCUCCGGCUCUGGCUCCAGCUGCUGGGGGUCCCAAGGCCUCCACCUCACCCCCUCCACCCUCGCAGACCGCCAAGCCCUCCAUGGAGGAGAUUGAAGCCCAGAUGAAAGCAGACAAGAUCAAACUAGCCUUGGAGAAGUUGAAAGAAGCCAAAGUAAAAAAGCUGGUGGUGAAGGUAGAGAUGAGCAAUGGCAGUGCUAAGACCCUGAUGGUGGACGAGCGGCAGACGGUGCGGGACGUGCUGGAUAACCUCUUCGAGAAAACGCACUGCGACUGCAACGUGGACUGGUGCCUCUACGAGACCAACCCAGACCUGCAGAUUGAGAGGGGCUUUGAAGACCACGAGAACAUGGUGGAGCCCCUGUCUGCCUGGACACGAGACAGCGAGAACAGAGUGCUGUUUAAGGAGUGGAAGAACAAGUACGGCGUCUUCAAAAACCCACAGUAUUUCUAUCUCUGGAAGAAGGAUAAGAGCACGCUAAAAGAUAUGAAAGAGAAGGAGAAAGAGUUGCUGUUGGAGGAGAACUUCUGUGGGAGCUCCAUCAUCGUGCCUGACCUGGAGGGGGUGCUGCACCUGAAGGAGGAUGGCAAGCGCUCCUGGAAGCCGCGCUACUUCCUGCUGAGGGCCUCUGGAAUGUACUUCGUGCCCAAGGGGAAAACCAAGACAUCCCGUGACCUGGUGUGUCUGGUGCAGUUUGAUAACGUGAAUGUGUAUCACGCCAAAGAUUACAAGAACAAAUACAAGGCCCCCACUGACUUCUGUUUCAUCCUCAAGCACCCCCAGAUCCAAAAGGAAUCCCAGUACAUCAAGUACUUGUGCUGUGACGAUCAAAAGACCAUGACACUGUGGGUGACAGGAAUACGUAUCGCAAAGUAUGGCAUGACACUUUAUGACAACUACAAAACUGCAGUCAAGAAAACCUCGGCAUCAAUGUCAUGGACAGACAAGAUCGGUUCCAAUGCCUCAACACCGUCACCAACUCCUAAAGCCAAAGCGGCCAAUGGACACGCUGCAAAGCCAGCUCAGGAUGCAGCUCCUAAGGCCCCAAGUAACCAGGCCACUUUACCACCUCCACCUCCAUCAGUGACGGAGAUGUUGCCUCCCCCUCCCCCAGAUCCCUCCCUGCCCCCUCCUCCCACAACCACCAUGUUCUCCCAAGGUCAUCUUCCUCCUCCUCCCCCUCCCUCCAGCAUGGCUGCCGGCUUCUCCAAAGGUCCUCUCCCUCCUCCACCCCCACCCUCCUGCAUGGGUGCCGGCUUCUCCCCACCCCCACCCCCCCUGGAUGACUUACCACCACCACCACCUCCAGACGACGAUGAGAUGCCUCCAGACUUCCUGCCUCCACCCCCUCCCGCGGUGGGCUUCCCGGCUGGGGGUCUGCCCCCUCCACCUCCAGACCCGGUGAUGCUCCCUCCGCCGCCCCCCUCAGCUUUCCCUGCGCCGUCUGGUGGCCCUGUGCCACCCCCGCCUCCACCUCCGCCCCCACCGGCGGCAGCAGCGGGACCCAAGCCUCCGGUCAGGAAAGUAGGCCCACCUCCACCUAAGAGGACUACGCCUGUGGCUGCGGCGCCCUCUGGUGGAGGAGACUUUAUGAACGAGCUGAUGGUGGCCAUGCAGAAGAAACGCAACCUGUAGAGG